GGCGACCGGCCGGAAGCGGCAGUGCGCGCGGCCUGGUCAGCAUUGGCGCACCGGCUGCCGCGGCCUCCCGCUCCGGCGGGCGGCGUGCUGAGGCAUGGAGACCCGCGGGGCAGACCCCCGGGCCACCCUGGUGCUGAGUAACCUGGCGGAGGUGGUGGAGCGCGUGUUCACCUUCCUGCCCGCCAAGGCGCUGCUGCGGGUGGCCGGCGUGUGCCGCCUGUGGAGGGAGUGCGUGCGCCGGGUGCUGCGGACACACCGCACCGUGACCUGGAUCGCCGCGGGCCCGGCCGACGCCGGACACCUGGACGGGCACUGCCUGGUGCGCGCGCUGGCCGCGGAGCUGGAGAAUGUUCACGUCUUACCACAGACAGUUCUCUACAUGGCUGAUUCCGAAACUUUCAUUAGCCUUGAAGAGUGCCGUGGCCAUAAGAGAGCGAGGAAGAGGACGAGUAUGGAGACUGCGCUGGCCCUUGAGAAGCUGCUGCCCCGGCACUGUCAGGUUCUUGGAAUUGUGGCCCCCGGAAUCGUUGUGACUCCCAUGGGAUCUGCUGGCAAUCGACCUCUGGAGAUAGAAAUUGGAGAAUCUGGUUUUGCUCUGUUGUUCCCUCAGAUUGAAGGAAUAAAAAUUCAGCCCUUUCAUUUUAUGAAGGAUCCAAAGAACUCAACACUAGAGAGACACCAGCUAACCGAAGUAGGUCUCCUGGACAACCCUGAGCUCCGCGUGGUCCUGGUCUUCGGUUACAACUGCUGCAAAGCAGGGGCCAGCACAUACCUGCAGCGAGUGGUCAACACCUUCAGUGACAUGAACGUCAUCUUGGCCGGGGGCCAGGUGGACCACCUGUCAUCACUGACCUGCGGAAAGCGCCCUCUGGGGGUGGAGGCUGCCGGUGUGGUGGGCCUGGCCUUCAGCGGCCCCCGGAUCCAGAGUGCCACCGUGCUGCUCAACGAGGACGUGAACGACGAGCAGUCGGCCGAGGCCGCCAUGCAGCGGCUCAAGGCGGCCAACAUCCCCGAGCAGAACACCGUGGCCUUCAUGUUCGCCUGCGUGGGCCGGGGCUUCCGCUACUACAGGGCCAAGGGGAACGUGGAGGCCGACGCCUUCCGGAAGCUUUUCCCCAGGGUUCCCUUGUUUGGCUUCUUUGGGAAUGGAGAGAUUGGCUGUGACCGCAUCGUCACGGGGAACUUCACCCUGAGGAAGUGCAGCGAACUCAAGGGCGAGGACCUGUUCCACAGCUACACGACCGUGGUGGCCCUCGUGCACCUGGGCUUGCCCCAGUGAGGCCCCUGCCGGCCGGUGGCUGUGGGCACACCGCGGACUCCAGGCGCUGGGAGCAAAGAGAAAGUGGGCUCUGUGCGGUGCCUGUGGCGGCACUGUCAGCACCCUGGGGUGCUCUCUCCCACUGCCCUGGCGGAGGUCUCAGAGCAGCAGUGGAGGCUCUGCCACGCAACACAGCGGGCCAGCCAGGAAGCUGCGUGGACGGGGCUCUGUGCCCCGUGGAGGAAGGCCGAAAGGAGGUUGGUCGGUCGGAUGACAAUUUAGAACAUUCCAUGACUACCUCUUUUUCUUGUAAGAUGAUCUUUUAGCAGAAUCAUACACAUUUUUUUUCUCCUUCAAUAAAGGAGAGAAUAUAUGAAUGGACUGGGAAAUCUUCCUCUGCUUUUCAGUUUUGCCAAUACUUCAGAAGCUGCAAGGCUAUAUUACUGACUUUUUUUUAACUCACUUGAUAAAAAUUUAAACUAUUUUUGUUUGGUAGUCUAAAGUUGCUCAAAUUUUGAAUUGCCAAGGGUAAUUAGUAUUUUAUUGUAAGUGAAACAUUUUCAACAAAGGCUGUAAGAGACUUUUUUUUAAUGAAUCCAGAGAAUUGGCCAGAGUUAAAUUAUCUCACUUUGGGUUUACACCAAUAAAGCACGGCUUGGCCAUGCACACCUCUCUGCUUCUGGGUGCAGUCAGGGCGGGUGGUGGGCAGCUCCCCAGCCUGGCCUGUGUCUGGCAGGCUCUGUUCCGGUUAUUUCUAGUGAAGACACACACCAGAGCAAGGGCUGUGUGAAAUGGGGGAACAGC